AUGCAGACGAAUAAGAGAUCUGCGAUUACUGGAAGUGCAUGGCGAUCUUCACGGCAUUCAAACGGUGCUCAUGGCUUUGUCUUAAAUAUUUUUGAAACACCACGAUUAGCCAUGUCGGCAACCAGUUUGUAUUCGAAGCUUCAUCCGUGA